AACGUGGUGCCAUCUGUUCGGUUUGCAACGCUAUUUUUAUUGUAUUUCAACAAACGUACUGAUAGAGACGAUUUUCGAGGACGAUUUCGAGCUAUCGGUUUCGAAACCCUCAAUCCUAUUUUCAUUCGCUCGUAAACAUUGCUGAUAAGCGAGCUGUGGCUACCUUUUUAACUUCACCGAAACGUUUCACGAAACUCUGAUUUUGUUGAAUGAAAUUUUUAGAAAAUUUCUUCUGUGAUAAAUAAAGAAUACUCGAAACAAAUAACUCGCGCGGAUUGUGAGAUGAGCGGCGAAGAAUUGAAGAUUUCUUCUCGACCAAGAGAAUGAGAGCAAGUGAAUCAGCUGACGUUAUCAUUAUCAUAUCACAACCAUCCGAAUCGUCAGUAGCGUUGGCACGACCAUAGCUGAUUGGAUUGUUGCUUAUCUAGAUACGUGGCAGGGGAAGAAGAAUGUCGACUGUCAGUCGCUCGUGCACCAUUCUUCACUGUGGAUUUUGAUGGAAAAAAAUAUCGCAACUAUGUAGUGGAAUUGCAUUUGUGAUAAAUUAGUUGAAACAACGGUGAAGGUAGAUAGAAAAGGAGUAAUCGAUCAAGAGUUCCAAUGUGUUUGUCAAACACAGUAAUGUAAUAGUGAAAUCAAGUAAGAUUUCUGAAGAAAAAAUUUGUGAAAAAUUUGUGAAUGAUUGUAAGAAAUAGUAAUGAAACUUGAAACGCCGAUACGAGCGAUAGUUAGUUAUCUAUCGAGAUAAGAAAAAUUGUUGAUCAUUUGGAUCGUGCAAUUAGUUUUGGACAGUUUUAGAGUGUAACAAGUGAGCAAACAAUGUCUGACGAUGAAAACUAUGACUCGAAGUCCACGGAUCCUCUUCUGGAGGAUCUCGAUAAACUCGGUUGUGGGUCUAAUUUCCUCUGGAUGAUAUUCAUUUUCACGUUAACACCGACGAUAUUCAAUGGAAUGCAUUCCAUGUCCUACAUAUUCAUAGCCGAUGUCCCUCCUCAUUGGUGUGCAGUACCAACCUUGACAGCAGCUAAUUGGACUGACGAAGAAAUAAGAAACAUAUCCUCCGCCAGUUCGUGUACCAUGUAUAAUUACGAUUAUGAAUAUUUCGCGCAGAUUGGAUUCCACGAAGCAUUAGAAUAUAAAAUUUCGCAUACUAUUCCCGAAACGGCAUCCUGCGAAACAAGGACUUUCGCAAAGGAUACCGAUAGAACUUCCAUCGUUGAAGACUGGGAUUUGGUAUGCGACAAGAGUGCAGCCCGUUCCAGCACCCAUACAAUCUUGUCUCUUGGAAAGUUAUUUGGUAGCAUUUUCUUUGGAAUGUUCGCGGACAAAUAUGGCCGGAAAAUCAGUUACGUCAUAGGUAUAAUAUUCUUGAUCGUCUCUGGUCCACUUGGCGCUGUCGUUCCUUGGUAUUGGGGCUUUAUGAUCUCCAGAUUAUUCAAUGGCAUUAGCCAUGCAGCCAUACAGUAUUCUUCGUUCACCAUACUAACAGAGGUGGCAGGUGAAAAGCAUAGACAAUGGAUGGGAAUUGCCUAUAACGUCGGCUAUGCUUCAGGAACAGUAAUCGUACCGGGUAUAGCUUAUUUGUUGCACGAGUGGAGAUACAUUCAACUAACGAUAUCUCUACCAGCUCUAUUAUUACUGAUACAUAUGUGGUUCAUGCCAGAAUCUCCGAGAUGGUUGAUAGCUCACAAUCGACGACACGAAGCGAAGAUAUUAAUUGACAAAGCGAGCAAGAAGAAUUGCAAUGCAACAGUGACAGUGGCCACUAUUAUACAAGAUCAAGAAUUUAAAGAUUCUAAUGAUUUGGUUAUGACGGUAAAGACAACCGAGAAUUCUGUCAAAGAGCAGUUACGUAAAAACAUCAAAGGGUUUGGAGUGUUAAUUACUAACAGCGAGCUGAGAAAGCGAAUUCUUAUUACGAAUUUCACUUGGAUGGUCGCCUCGCUUUGUUACUACGCUUUAGCAUUGAACGUGAACAAUUUCUCAACGAACCGAUACAUUUAUGUGAUGGUAAUGGGACUGACAGAAAUACCAGCUUACCUGAUAACAACGCCAAUUUUGAUGUUUACGGGUCGACGAACCGGAUGUGCAGCUCUGUACAUCGUUGCAUCUAUCUGUCUUUUAUGCAUUCUUACGAUACCUACAACAGAAAGCGACACGAUUAUGAUUAUCUCUUUAAUUGGAAGGUUUAGCGUGUCUGCUGGUUAUGGUAUCGCUAUUUUGUACAGUUCAGAGCUUUUCCCUACGGUCUGCAGAAACUCAGCGGUCGGAACGAAUUCCGCGAUGUCCCAUGUCGGAAGCGUGGCUGCACCUUACGUAGCUGAUUUAUUGGGGGCGAUUGUCUGGUGGGGACCGACCACUCUUUGCGGUGCUUUAGCUCUGUUGGCGGGUCUGUUUUGUGCGAUAUUGCCGGAAACGCGUGGUAGACCGUUGGCUAACACUGUCGACGAGGAAAUCACGGAAGAACGGGACAAUGUGUCGCUGACCAACUGCUGGAAAUGUAGAUGAGACGAUAAUGACCCUCCUCGAUAAUGUGUUCUCAAGUCCAGUGUUAUAAUAGCGGACAUACUUUUUUACUGUUUUUAUAAAAACUUUUAAUAUGACGAAUAUAGAAAUUGAUGUAUUUGAACCUUUUACUGCCCAGUUUUUUGAAAAAUAUUUUUUGAAAUUGUUGAAUGUAAAUAAAAUUGUCUAAAAUGUGGAUUCUGUGGAGACUGUAGAUUUUCGGAGAAUGAAAUUUAUUAUGAAUGAACAUAAAUUGCAGAGAUCACUUGUGAAAUUGUUUUUAUAAAAAUUUUAUUAUAAAAAGAAUUGAAAUAAAUAAAUAUUGAUUUAUACCAA